AUGGUUGUUUUAGAAGUUUUUACAAAAAGCAUUAAAAUAAAAUACAAAAGCACCUUAGUUUCAAAAGCCACUUUCGUCGCUUUAAUAAUUUGGUCGUUGAGGAUAAUUUUACCAUUUUUGAUCGCAUACAAAACCGGGGGUCUAUGGUUAAAAAGUGAUAAACACUUCGAACAACCGGAAAUUAACAUACUGGGGGAUUAUAUUUUAAUCGGCGAGGCGUAUAACGCCGAAAAACCUAUUAUUUGCAGCACGUAUGGAUUUUAUAAAAAAUAUUUGAUAGGUUUAGAUCGUUGUUCAUCUAUUAAGUUAAGGGAAAUUGAUAGAAAUUUUGAUAAAAAACCAGACGAAUUAGAAUUGGAGAUAAAUGUAAUCGUUGAUAUGUACAAAUUGAGUUCCAUUCAUAUCGUACUUCCGAUAAAAUAUGAACUAAAUAUGUUAUGUCCUUUGAAAAUGCAGUCCUUGAUUUAUUUUCAAUAUUAUUUCCAACAAGAGAAAGUGACCGAAUUAAAAAUUUUUGCAAAUUUAAAGCUAUUUCAAAAUAGUGUUUUUAUGUGUACAAAACAGUUUGCUAAAUAUUACGAUAGACCUAUUAUAGAAGACCAAUAUGAAAGCAAACAUUUUUUGAUAGAAAAUAUAGUAGAAAGAUAUAAUGAUAGGAACGUAUCAACGCAUUUGACAAAUAUCUAUACUUUUAUCAAAAAAGAAAAUUUGCAAACUUUCAAAUUAAAACUAAAUGUGAAAUAUCCUGAAGACAGUAUCUAUUACCGCCCAGGUUUCUGGCAAGUUUUGAAAAUAGCGUGGGCUCAAUAUAUUGCCAUUUAUCUAGUGAUUGCUUGGUUAUUUCAAAGAUUCAAUCGGUAUAUUUUCCGUCAUAGGUUAGUUUGGUAUUAUGAAGAAAAUCCUUUGAAAAUAAAAACAAUCUGA